AGUAAGAUGGCUUAACCACUCUUUCUGCAUUGCUUGCCUGUUUGCUACAUCUGCGUUUUUCUAUUUUUAAUCUUGACAACAGACGCGCUGGUCGCUACUCAGUUGUUUUUUUAUAUCCGUUUGCUUCGCUCUGCCAAAAAGUACAAAAGUCGGCGUUCUCGUAUACCAUCUCCUCCGCACACGACACAGCUGCGCACCAUGGAACCCGUACCUGGUCAACAACGGACGAAGGUUCUACGAGUCCUCUUCAUAUCUCUGUUACUCGACUUGAUCUCGUUCACGUUCAUUCUGCCGCUCUUCCCUUCUCUCCUCACGUUCUAUCGCAGUCUGGAAACUCACCCCUCGUCGGCGCUUAAUCGCAUACUCCAUUACCUGAACGCAUACAAGCAAUCGUUCGCUGUUCCGAUCAAUGAGAAAUACGAUAUUGUACUCUUGGGCGGCGCACUUGGCUCCUUGUUCUCAUUCCUCCAGGCCAUCGCCAGCCCCAUCAUUGGUCGCGCAUCGGAUAAAUAUGGCAGAAGAACAGCGCUGUUAUGGAGCAUGUGCGGGAACAUCGCAAGCGUAGCACUAUGGUGUGUUGCCGUAGACUUCAGGACGUUCCUGCUGAGCAGGAUCGUCGGCGGUCUGAGCGAAGGCAACGUCCAGCUCGCUACGGCCAUUGCGACGGAUAUCAGUACGGACGAGCAACGGGGAUCUACUAUGGCUCUUGUCGGAGCUUGCUUCAGCGUCGCAUUCACUUUCGGGCCGGCACUGGGAGCGGCCCUGGCUAGUGUCACCACAGUCAUCGCUAAUCCUUUCGCAACGGCGGCGGGGUUCUCCCUUUUGUUGAUUGUCGUUGAGACGCUGUACUUGUACUACGCUCUCCCGGAGACACGGCCGGCGAAGCCAUCUACGUCAACCAAGUCCGCAGCUGGCGCCAUAAUUCUCAAGCAUACCAACAGACCGGCACUCCUGAACGCCAUACACUUCUUCUUCCUCCUGCCCUUCUCCGGCCUGGAAUUCUCGCUGCCAUUUUUGAUUACAUCCGUACUCUAUCCGGAUCACCCUUCGCCUUCCAAACUGAAUGGGAGACUCCUCGGUUUCGUCGGGUUGAUCGCCUCUUUACUCCAAGGCUCGGUGGUGCGGCGUCUUCCUCCACUGACUGUGGUGAAGGUGGGUAUGGUAUCUUGUACUAUAGCAUUCUUUUUGCUUUCCAGGGUUGAGGAUUCAACAGGCUUGUAUUGCGCUGGCGCUUUACUUGCAGUCACUUCGGCUACAGUUGUGACGGGUUUGAAUAGUCUCGGGAGCUUCGAAGCCAAGGAGAGCAAUAGGGGCGAAGUCCUUGGGUCGUUGAGAAGUUGGGGACAGUUUGGAAGAGCACUGGGGCCUAUUGUGUUCUGCAGUCUCUUUUGGUGGGUUGGUCGUGAGACUGUUUAUGUCGUGGGCGGUUGUUGUAUGCUGGGAGUCACGACGGCGCUGUUCACGCUGUUAAAGGCACCUAAGAUUGAACAGAAAAGGUCUUGAAUAGGAAUACUUCUUGAAAAGUUGGAUGGGAAUGGGAGCGUUGGAUGUAUCAGAGGUCAGGAGCACAGAAUCAUCCAAUACACGGAUCUGAAGAAUCACUUCCUAAUCAGGCCAAUUCUGCAUUCUGCACUGCCGGUAGUCUCGGUGACAAUCCUGUAUACCUGUAGUGACGGUAGUCCAUGUGAC